AUGCAUGCCCCAUAUAUGGGUGAUGUGGACGUUUUUCAGGUGAGAAAAAUCGUGGACGACGAGCAAGUGUCUCACGUCGACCCUAACAUCAUCCAGCAACCAACCAUCUCGGCGGAGAGGCUUUCCAGGAUGUGGGCUACGGCAAAAGCGAAGUGGAACCAGCCAUAUGCCAACUGGAAGAGUGAAUCCGGCAACAACCAGCCAUGGCUUUCAUUUUGUCAAGUGUGCAACAAUCUCCUCCCCGAGGGCGUUCAGCGAGAGGACAACGGGACCGGAGAGGGCAUUAUCUGCAACGGCGGUGCCGAGCGCCGUGCGGCCACCAAGCGGGAGGGCGCCAGGCUCAACGAGCAGAACAGGCGGGGGAAAAAGCAAAAAAAUACGGGGGUGGGGCAAAGCGUGGCAGAGGCUACGUCCGCUGCCAUGAAAACCGCACUCACUCGUCGAUAUCGAGCCACUGCUGGGAAAGGUUGGCGGAUCGGAAAAAUCAGAGUGGUCCAAAGAAAGGAGGAACACGCUUGCAAUGNGGGCAAAGCGUGGCAGAGGCUACGUCCGCUGCCAUGA